AUUGAUAUCACAGUCUAUUAUUUGUCAUGUACUCAUAUACCUUUACAAUUCGAUUUUGAUUUAGCAUUUUUAUUUUUAAAUAAUUAAUUUAAUUAUAUAAAAUUAUAAAUGAAACCGAUGGAAAUUGUUAUUUUAAAAAAUAGAAAUAUAAUGACGAUACCUGAAUCUCUUAUUCAAGAGAUAGGUUGUUUUGUUAGAUAUUUAUACUUGGACAAUAACAUGAUACGAACAUUACCCGAUGAAUUAUUUACUGGUUGUACAAAUCUUAUGUGGUUAGAUUUAAGAUGUAAUAGAAUACGUCGAUUACCAGACGGUGUGCAGGGUCAUCAAAAUUUACAGGUAUUGCUUCUGGGCAAAAAUGAUUUAAAGCGAUUGCCUUUAACGCUGGGAUCACUACCAAAACUUCGAGAAUUACAUGUUGCUGGAAAUCCACUUGAUUGUCUUACUAGAGAUAUGGUGAAAAAAGGUUCUAAAUAUUUAAUACGUUUUUUACAAGAAAAAUGGAAAAAUGAUCAAAAUAUUACAGAAACGAUUCAACAAAAUAAUGAUGAAACAAACUUAAGAAAAAUAAUAGAUGACAAGAUACAAAAACAAAACAAAAACAAUAAAAAAAUUAUGAAUACGUCAAAAACGAAGUUGAUGGAAAGAUAUAGUUGGCCAAUGAUAUUUCUUACUAAUUGGAGUAGUGACCGUUUAGUUACCGAUCGAGAUAUUAGAAUGAAAGAAUUAGAAAGACUUUAUUUAGAAAAACAAAAAAUAAUAUUAGAAAAACAAGAACGAAUUUUACAAUCCUACAAAGAUGAAGAAACGCUGAAAAUAUGGAGAGAAAAAGCAAAGCAAUUGCAGUAUUUUGAAAAUUUGCCAAAAUUAAAAAAUUAUCGAGGACUUGAAGUACCAUUUGGAGUAAAUAAAGAAUAUUCUAAAAUGAUAUCUAGACAAGCGUACAAAAAAGAAUGUGUGGAAAAUAUUAAGAGUAAAAAUGCUGUUAAACCUGCAAUAAUUAAACCGUUUGACUUUGACUUGGAAAUGUCAGAUAUUUACAAAAUGCUUCUAAGUUUAACACCAAACGAUGAAGAAAAUACAAACAGUGAUAAAAACAAUAAUUCUAAAAUAUCAAAUAUUGAUUGGGAAAUUCAAAAGUUACACGAUAUUCAAAAAAGAAUUGCUCAUUUGAAAACUCGUAUAAUUUAAUCAGUUGAAGAUAAGAAUGACAACAACUUCAAUACCUUUUAAAACAAAAUAAAUUUUCAUUUGUAUUAAUUUUGCUAUUCAUAUAACUUGAAAUGAUUAUAAAUACAAAUAGAUAAUAAUAA